AUGAGUAAACUCAAUGCCAACGCUUUCAGCUUCGUGCCAGGACAGGCCUUCCGCGUUCCCCAGCCUGCUCAGCCGUCCCCGCCCCCUCCACAGCCUAUCGAGCGUCCACCCCAGACAGAGGCCCCCGCUCCCGCUCCUUCCAUCACCCUAAACAUCGGAGGAUCGAAGCCUACACCACCUGCUGCAUCUCCUGCUCCCCCCGUCGCUGCCCCGUCGCCCGUGCAACCUCAAUCCAAGCCUGCUACUCCUGCUACUCCUGCUCCUGCAUCUGUCAAGUCUUUGCAUUCGCAUUCAGCAUCUCCGGCUCCGUCAACAGCAUCAUCCAACGUAUCCACCAAAACCCUCACCCUUGAGAAAGCAAAGACAGAUACCGCAGCCAUCGCACACGAAGUGCAGUCGGUCGCCGAUGAAAACACACUUCGAGAUCUAUUCGGAACUGUCAAGGAGCAUCUUAACAUUGUCUUCAUCGGUCAUGUCGAUGCAGGCAAAAGCACUAUGGGCGGCAAUAUCCUCUAUCUCUCCGGAUCGGUCGACAAGCGGACGAUGGAGAAGUACGAGAGGGAAGCCAAGGAAGCAGGCCGCGACUCGUGGUACCUGAGUUGGGCACUCGACUCAACCCCCCAGGAGCGCGAAAAGGGAAAAACUGUCGAAGUCGGCCGUGCAUACUUUGAAACGGGAUCCAGGCGCUAUACCAUCCUUGACGCGCCCGGACACAAGACCUUCGUGCCCUCCAUGAUCUCGGGCGCCGCUCAGGCCGACGUCGCCGUCCUUGUCAUAUCCGCGCGCAAGGGCGAGUUCGAGACGGGCUUCGAGAGGGGUGGCCAGACGCGGGAGCACAUCAUGUUGGUCAAGACGGCUGGCGUGACGAAGCUCGUCGUCGUGGUCAACAAAAUGGACGAAUCCACAGUGCUGUGGCAGAAGUCGCGCUUCGACGAGAUCAAGGAGAAGUUGUCACCCUUCAUCAAGUCCGCCGGGUUCAACCUCAAGACCGACGUCAGCUUCAUCCCUGUGUCCGCUUACACUGGCGCCAACUUAAAAGAUCGCGUGUCCAAGUCUGCAUGCUCGUGGUACAGUGGUGAUUCACUGCUCGAAUAUCUCGACCACAUGCCCAUGGUCGACCGCAAAGUCAAUGCGCCCCUAAUGAUGCCCGUCUCCGAGAAGUACAAAGACAUGGGCACCAUCGUCGUCGGCAAGGUCGAGUCCGGGCACCUCCGCAAGGGCGAGUCGCUCGUCCUGAUGCCGAACAAGGACGUGGUAGAGGUGGCCGCGAUCUACAACGAGAUGGAGGAAGAAGUCGCUUCCGCGAUGUGCGGCGACAACGUGCGCAUCCGGCUGCGCGGCGUGGAUGACGAGGACAUCAGUCCUGGAUUCGUGCUUACGAGCCCGAACAAGCCUGUGCAUGCCGUACGCAAGUUCGAGGCGCAGCUUGCAAUCCUCGACCAUAGGAACAUCAUCUGCGCUGGCUACUCUGGUGUGAUGCACAUCCACACAUUGGCUGAGGAAGUCACACUUUCUGCGCUUCUCCACUACUUCGACAAAGCCACCGGCCGAAAAUCAAGAAAGCCACCGCAGUUUGCCAAGCGAGGACAGAAAAUUGUAGCCCUGAUAGAGACGACGGCACCCGUAUGCGUAGAGAAGUUCUCAGAUUACCCGCAGUUGGGGCGAUUCACGCUGCGAGACGAAGGCAAGACAGUAGCCAUUGGGAAGAUUACGAAGCUUGUGGAGGGCAUUCCGGAGGAGGUAGUAGAUGGCUUCGGAAACCUUUCCGUCGGAGCAAACGCCAAUGCUCCAGCUUAG